AUGUUAAAUAUUAAUCUCAACCCGUCAAAGUGCCUUACUGAACAAUUAAGUCUUAAAAAAUCUAACAGUUGCUUUGCUCCUGCUAAGUUUUUAAAGCGGCACUCGAAAGAGGUUUGGAAACCAUCCUCACUCAUCCAUCCAGCGCGCUCCAAUCAGCCUCCCUCGCGGACCUGCCCCCCUCUCCCAGGGCCUCCAUCCCGGUCCAGGAGUCCCUCUUCCCGCCUCAAACUUCCCGCAGACCCGCCCCGCGCCCUCCCAGGCUCGCCCGAGCCGCCGCCCCCUCCCCCUCCCGCCGCUCCCCACGUGCUGGGAGCCCGGGUCGCGGCAGGACCCACGCACCGGCUAAGUGCUAGCCAUUCGCGGGUCUCCUCUCGCGGCCCGGUCGGCACCAAGCCGAAGAGGACGGGGCAGGGCCUCCGGGCCGGCGCAAGGAUGCGUUCUGCGGCCCCGGCCUGUACUCGCCGCUCACACGCCCCCUGCGCGCCAGGCCCGUACACCGCCACCGGCACUCACAGAGCCACCCGGCCUUCACCCGGCCGCUGGGCCGCCGCCUGGGCACCGCGCCGCGCCCGCCCUCCGCCCGGCCGGUUCCUGUCCUCUCCUCCACAUCCUGACCCGCCCGCCGCCCCCUUUCUUACCGGCGGGCUUGGCGGGGCGGAGGGAGCCGACUCGGGUGGACGGCCUCCCCCGCGCCCAGGCCCGGGAUCUCCGCCGCCGAGUCCUAGGGCUCCGGCGUCUCGGGAGCUACUAUGUUAUAAUAUCUCAAACUAAUAUUUGAGACUCCCUGGCUUGAUAACUAUGAUUCCAUUGAAGAUGACUAUUGAGUUGAAUGGCUCUGUUUUCCAUCAACGAUGACAGCUUUUAAUCACAGAUCUCAAGCCCAUUAUGAACAUUAAUUAAUGUCUGACAUCGCUUAAUGAGGUAGGUAAAAACUAUUACUGUUUCAUAGAUGGGAAAAUCAGGUUUAGGCAAGUUUGGUGGCUUGUUCUUAGGCCACCCAAGAAAUUGUGGCUCGUUUCCAAAAUCCAAUGCUUAUUCUCCUCACAGGCAAAUGAUGUUUUUUUUUUUCUUUCACAGCAUACCAAUCUGUUGCAAAACCUAUUUUGCAAAAAAUAGAUUAUUGACAUAGGCGUGGAAAUAAUCUUUCUUAAGGCAGAAACAUUUGAUGGUAUCAAUAUUCAUACUGCUUCAACCCAACAAUGUAUUGGUUGGGUUUUCUCUGAAAAAUCGUAGAUGUCUUGGUUGGAGGGAAAAAGCCCCUGCUCAAAUAAACCAUUAAAACCACUAUCCAUUGUUUUGAAUACAAUAAAAGUCGAUUUUAAAAAAAGAGAAAAAACCCACUACCCAUUUUGAAAUAAAGCAGUUAGUUUCUUCUUGUAUUUAGAAACUCUACCCAGUAAGAGUCGGAGAGGAACAAAGUGAACAUUAGUUAUCAAAAUGCAUUGACUUACCUUUUGCUCUUAAGACACCACACACAGUCGGUAAGUACUUUUGUCUUUUUGUGGUAACUUUGUUUUCUAUGGACUCAUGUUGCUUUGAUCAAUGGUAUUUGUGUGCCUCGUCUUAAUCUAACUUUUUUGUUGUUUGACCAGUCCAUCUGGCUUG